CUUCAGUUAAUAAAAAUAUGAUGUAUAAUGACAAUUUAUGGAAUGUCGAUGAUGGCCAAGAAGACACCCAAGAUGAAAAUGGAACAUGGAAAAUUGGUUUGAGAGGAAUAAUCAUCGUCAUCAUCAUUGCUUAUGAAUGCCAGAUAAUACCCAAUGUUACAUCUUCAAAUUUGAAUAAAUGCUGUUCAUCGUCAUUAUUUUUAUGAUCUGAUGGCAUAAAACAGUUAAUUACAAUAAAAUAUCGCUGAAAUGUUCUUUACAACAUAGGCUUAUGCGUUAUAUGAGCAUUAAUGGUCAUAGAUAGAUGCUCAUUAUAUUUAUUCGCUUUUUCCGUUCUCAUCUUUUCAUUCUUGAAUGAAUUAUUAAUGUUAUGGACCGGGAAGGAGGGGAGGGUAAUGGAAUAUGUGCAACUUACUUUAUGCAAUAUCAUCUCUACUGAAGGAAAUUGACUCUUGUGAGCUAUUAUUGCUUCUGUCAUUAAUAAAUAUGUUUCUUGUUUCUUUUAUCUCAAAUGCUCGUUGAUUGCUCCUAAAUUAAUUUUUGAGCAGCUUACCAAUUGCAUUUAAUGCUUUUGUAGUCUUUGGACUAUCGUCUCAUAUUGUAUACUUGCCGCAUGAUUUAGCAACUUUAAAAAAUAAUAAUCAUCUGUAGCUUAAAAUAAGCUUAUCUCAACUAAUAGAUAAACUUUAAUCAGGAAAGUAUACUGAUAAAGCAGUAUAUACGUCGAAGUAAAUAUUCGAGAAAUUUCCAGUCUAUCAUUUGAUUUUCAUUAAGCAUCACUAAAAUGUUGAAAAUAAUUGUAAGCUUGAUAUUAAUUUUUGCCUUGACAAAUGGACAAGAAACUUUUUGGUCAGCGUGUCAAAAUUCAAAUGGAGUAGCUCCAGAUCUUGUUGAAUCUGAUGCUUGCUCUGGAACAUUGUGUCAAGGACAGCGAGGAACUGUUUUGCGAGCGGAAGUUACAUUUACUCCUAGGCAAAAUCACAAUAAUUUGGAAGUUCGAGUUUAUGCAACUAUUUUAGGAAUUACCGUUCUCCUUCCAUCAGAGCCUCCACAUGAUAAUGCCUGCAAUAAUAUUUUCCAUAAUAAUCAACAACAACAAUGUCCAAUAGUAGGACAACGCCAAUACUUAUGGAUAAUAGACAUGUUGAUUCCUCAGAGUCUUCCAGCACUUAGCACAAGAGUUCGAUAUGAAAUUUGGGACGGAACAACAGAAGUACUGUGUGCAAUGAUUAAUGCGGUUUUGACAUAAAUAAAACGUUAUCAAAUUUUCAAUUGAUGUGAUAAAAUGUACGUGAAAACAGGUGCCAAUUUCAGGCUUUUGAAGAAUGUUGUGAUGAUAAUAAAACAAUUAUUUUGAUAAUUGCCAAUUACAAAGAUUUGAU